CUGACAGUCAUGCCCUGGGAGGAGAGUUUAGGGAUUGCAGAGAUGUAUAGCCUGCCGUUACUUCCUAGGCGGAGGGAGUAGUGAAGUUGGCAAACCCAAAGAGAGAGGGAGUGCCAGAUGGUAAGGAAAAGGCUCCAGGAAAGACAGUAAGGUCCAGGAGGUAACAGACCUUGACUUCUGGCAAGAGGGUCCCUGAGCCAGAAUCUGGAUUGGGGGUGGGCCUGGGUUCCCCCGCUAGCCCCUGAGGAAGUAGCGUUAUGAGGCAGUGAGUGAAAAGAUUGCCUGGGACUGUGGAAGAAACCCUUUGGUACUGCAGAAGGGGAAAAGUGACCUGGCUGGCGGGCUGACUCACAAAGAGGUAGCUCCUGGAAUGAAAGAGAAGCUGUAGUAAGAGAGAAGGAUGGAGAAAUGGUGUGCAACUAUGGGAUGGGUUGUUGACCUCCUGAAGCUAAUCCCCAGAAUGGUAAGAAGGAGCCACCAUCCUAGCAGGGUGAGAGAGUUGAAACAGACCAAUUGUCCCCUAUCCUUGCAUGAAUCCUUGACCACAGCUGCUGAAAGAAGGAACUGUGAGGCAAUGGUAGCUGAUAUUUGUUACACUGGCCUCCUUCGAUUACAGGUUCUUUUAACGAUUUUAAGGCUGAUUCCCAAGGGUCCUGGAGGGACAGAAUUUUUGAUAGUAGGCCUUUACCUCUGGAAUUAAGAACUGCAAGAAAUUCAUUUAGGCCUGAACCUACCUACAUUCAGUAGGAAAGGGCGACAGGGCCAUCAUGACAAGACAGACGACUUAUUUGAAGGAAGUGGAUGUCUGAUGCCACUGAUAUUUCCUCCUGCUGGACUCAACCCUACCUGCUAUUGUUGUCAUUGCUGUUACCAUUUCCAUUGCUGCUUUAACGGAUAAACAAUUGAAGAACCAGAAGUUAAAAUGAAUACCCUAGAAGGUGGCAUGCUUCGUUGCUGGAAGUGUAGAAAAUACAUAGCAAAUUCUGAUUGCAUCAUAAAAUGUAAUGGAAAACAACUAUCUGAAAAAUCACAUUAUUCAGCUGCUUCUCAGUAUACUUGCAAUAUAUGGCACAUAAACUUGGAAGCUCUUCCAGACUGGGUAAAAUGUGCAAUAGAAAAGGCAGAAUGGAUGAUUGGAAAACUGAACUGCCCAUUCUGUGGAGCCCGUUUGGGAGGGUUUAACUUUGUCAGCAAUACAAAAUGUUCUUGUGGCCUGUUGGCAAAUAUACAUCUCUGCAAGAGUCGGAUUGAUUAUCAGCCAGCUUGUUCAGUUAGAUUAGCGAGAUCAUCAGUAAAACACAUGUCACUUUGCAAAUUUCCAUCUGGUUCUAAUAACAAAAUACAGCACUGCGUGACAGGUGGAAUUUUGGGACCCAGAAAUCAAGGGCUUUCAUACAUGGCCAAAAACACGAAUGGUACUGGAAGAUUAACAGAAGCGCUUUGCCUGGAGGUGAGAUCAACCAGCUUUGAGAUGAACAAUAAAAAACUGCACUUCAAAGUGUUUAAUAAAAAAAAAAGUCGUUCUGCUUCAUGGCCUGUGAAUGAGAGAUGCACUAGAAAAACUUGUCAUAGAAAAACACAUAGUUUGGAUUUGAAUAUCAGAGAGAAACUUGUCUUGUUGCCUAGUUUGUGUGGAGUUUCCAGUAAGGGGCCUAUUUACCACAGGCAAAAUGAAACACAAUCCAUUUACCCAAGAGGUAGCUUGCAAUUAGAGUCCAGUAGAAAUAAUGAUUCCUUUCAGGGCCUGUAUAAUUCUGAUACUGAUGAGCUACCAAAAGAGUUUUCAAUUACUUCCUGCAAUACAUUAACCUGUAGAGAGACAGAAUGUGACUGCUGUUUUGAAGCUUCUGAUCAAUGUUCUGGGAGUGCCACUGCUGACCAACUGCCUUUUAUGAUGGACCUCUCUUCAUCUGUGACUGCUGUAGAAGAGGACAUUGGACAGCAACACAUCACAUCUGUUGAUUUUGUGCAGCCUGCCAAUUUUUCCUUGGUUGCUGUCAAUCAAAAGCUAAGCAAAAGAGAGAGAAGCAAGUUGAAGAAUUUGAGGAAAAAACAAAGAAAGCGAGAAAGGUGGCUUCAGAAGCAGACUCUGAAUGAUGACCUGAAUACAGAUGACGAGCAUGAACAAAGAGGAGAUAAAGAAAGCUACCUCUGUGCAGUGUGCUUGGAUGUUUAUUUCAAUCCAUAUAUGUGCUAUCCAUGCCACCACAUCUUUUGUGAGCCUUGCUUGCGGAUGCUUGCCAAAGACAACCCAAGCAACACUCCGUGUCCACUGUGUCGUACUAUAAUUGCCAGAGUCUUUUUCCAAACAGAACUGAACAACUCCACAAAAUCUUUCUUCCCAACAGAAUAUUUAAAAUUAAAAGAGAGCUUUCAAAAAUCAAGUUCUGCAAAAUGGCCCCUGCCCAGCUGCAGGAAACCAUUCAGAGUUCGUGACGCAGGUUUCCAAAGGCAUACAGAUCCUGUAGCAAGAAGGCACUUUCCACAUGCUGCUCACAGGAUGGACUAUAUGGAUUUUGAGGAUGAUAGCCGUGGAUGGUGGUUUGACAUGGACAUGGUGGUGAUCUACAUUUAUUCUGUCAACUGGGUCAUAGGAUUCAUUGUUUUCUGUUUUCUUUGUUAUUUUUUCUUUCCUUUUUAGGGGACUGCAUUGGUUAGUAAAACUGAAGAAUCAUGCAAACAAAGACAAUGUAAAUAGAAAUGGUUUGAAGUAAUGAAUGCAGAUUUUUUCUGUGUGGUCUGGAGUGUUUAUGAUUCCGAAUUGUAUUAGGCUGCACCAAACGUGACAUGGGGCUAACGAUCUAAUUACUGGAUGCUUCUGAUAUAGGUAUGAAAGACUUGAGCUUAGCUGAAAACAUAACGUGAAAUCCUGGCCUCGUUGAAGUCAGUGGGAGUUUUGUCAUUGAUUUUAGUGGGGUCAGGGUUUCCACCCUUAAUGUGUAAAAUCACCAGUAUGUAGAAAUGGACCAUCAAGAUUUGUUUUGAGUUACUGCUCAGAGGGAUGCAGCAUGGUCUGGUAGACCAGAGUUCAGUUUUUGGCUCUGUACUGAUAUACUGUGCAACCUUAAGCAAGUCAUAUCAUCUACUGAUGCCUCAAUUUCCUCGUGUGUAAAAGGGGGAUGAUGGAGGGAGGAUCCUCCAACACUGACAAUGUGUCUCAAAGUUAAUUAUUAGCACCUUUCAUGUGGAAGAAUCCCAAAGCACUUUAAGGUCUGUCUAUAUAUGGAUGCAACCACCAUUUAAUGCUAGCCACGCUACAAAACAUUUUUUAAAGUAGAGAAAAUAGAAGAACUUCUCCAACUGAUCCCACUGGAGGGAUUUCUGAUACUAUAGUAAAAUGUAAGUACACAAAGAUAAGUCACAGUGGCUAAAACUUCUUCUACUUUUGAGAAGUACAAGGGAGCAUUUAAUUUCAAGGGACUCAGUCCUGUAAGCUACUGAGAACGCUCGCCCUGAUCCAGGAAAGCACUUUAGCAUGAGUAGUCCCAUUAACUUCAGGGUUUGCAUUGGUAACCUCAGGAGCUGCUGCUGGUUAUUCAGUAUGUAGCACUCUUUCAGUGUAGCUAAUACCAUUCCAUUAGAUUGCUAGGAGCUGAGGUGGACUUGAAUAACUGUAAUGGGACUGCCCAGGAACUUGAAGUUCAGAAUGUGCAUAAGUACUUUGCUGGCUCAAGGCCAGAAAUAAGCAAGGUCUCAGACUUGUAUCUUAUCUGAAAGAUGGCACCUCCAGUAGCACACUGGCUCCUAGCUGUUUUCCUCAAGCCGUAUAAAAUAACUUCUUAAGAUUAGACUGCCCUUUGAGGAUUUUUUUACAGUUAAAAUACCUGUACAGCUAAAAUUAUGUUGACUGAAUGGAUUUGGUCACUUUCUUUUAAUAUUGUUCUAAAGGGUAGGGGAAGUGUAGUAAUUUCACCAUCAAUAUAGUUGUGGGCAAAAGAAAAAUUAAUGUAUGCAAUUACUUUCCCUCUAAUUACAAUAGGUUGUCUUGUACUAUUGAUAGAUAAUUAGGCAUAACUUCUCUCCUUCCCUCCCCUUAAAACUUCAGAGGUUUUAAUAAAACUCACAGUACAAUAAAACUCUCAGCAAACUUAAAACAUGUUUCUCAGCUAUGCCAGAACUCAAGUUAUAGCUUCUGGUUUCUUAAAACUUGCAAAUCAACUGUUCCUGGCUCAGUGAAGAGAAGGGAUGUAAAGCACCUUUUCAGCCAAAAUGUACUUGCACUUCCUGAGGUCAGAAAGUGUUAGACUGAAAGGAUGUAUCAUGAAAUAAUUACUUUAGCUAAUUUAACUAACUUGGUGCUAUUUUAAAAUGUGAAACACAAUUUUUUGGGGAAAGUAUUAAAUGAGAUUUAAGAAUUUAAGUAGGGUGUUUCUCAGAUGAAUAUAUCAAUUAGCUAAUAUUUCAAAAUGUACUUGUAUAUAAGAAAUCUAUUCCAGACACCACCAAUUAAGUGAAAGUAAACUUACAUAGAAAAUUUCUAGUAGCAUUGUAUCAUGGAUUUAUUCUGAAAGAUGAAACCGGAAGGGAGACAGUCAGAUGUAGUAUUGCCUUCUUCUGUAUAAUUACAAGAGUUGAUAAUUGUGGGUGGAUACACUGUUCUAAAUUUAGUAUAAAAAAUUUUAUAUAACAUAUAUAACAUUUCUAAGGUGCAUAUACAUAUUAGUCAAGCUAUAUAUUUUGUCUAUACUGUUGUUUUGGUUAGUUAAUUUGGUUAUGAAUUGCAAAGAGUAAUGAAUAAUCAGAUAAUAAAGGAGAUGGACUUAGUGUUUCAGAUUUUUAUAUAAAGCUGUUUCUCCUUCAGAGAGACCCAGACGGGGUAGAAUAGUUGUAAGCUGCUUUUCCCUAUUGCCUCUUUCCAAAUAAACCCUUUGAAAAUGUUAGUUCAUUAUUACUGUCUCAAACGUGCUUCCAUUGAAAUUUUGUCUCAAAAAUCCUAUUGACUUCAGUGGGAACUGGAGUAGGUCCUUUUGUGAGCAGUUUUAUUCUUAAGCACUUGGUCUUGUUCUGGAAUGUAUUCUCGUCUAUGAGGUUAUUACAGUGUUUGCAAUAAAAUCUGAAGUUGUUUGACACAGCUGUAAAAUAUUACAAUAGAUAUUGGGUGGAAUUAAAUUUGAAUAUUUUUUUCAACCUAUGUUAUGUUUCUGUUUUAAUUCUGUUUUUGGGAGGGAGUAGAGAUUUUUGUGCGGAGAGGCGUUAUAAUGAAUACAAUUAUCUCUUUUCAUGCUAGCAUUCUUAAUUGUGUUUGUACUUUGUGUGGAAACCCAAAGGGACUAGAAACAUUAAACUAUCAAGUUUGUCAUAA